CUGCAGAAGGCAGGCUGUCCCGGGCACCACGGAGGGAUGCUGCUGUGGUUUCUUAUGCUGUGGGGAGGGCCCCUGGAUGCAGCUCUGAGCUACCAGCUGGAACUGCAGGAGUCCGUGAUGGUGCAGGAGGGCCUGUGUGUCCACGUGCCGUGCAUGUUUUACUACCCCUGGCUUACCUUUGCAACCCCCCAAAUGUCCUGGUUCCAGAAAGGGGCAGAUGUAAACCGUGAUCCUCCAGUGGCCACAAACAAACCGAACCAGAAGCUGCAUGAGAGGACCCAGGGCCGGUUCUUCCUCCAUGGGAACCCCCAGACCAAGGACUGCUCCCUGGACAUCACGGGAGUCAACAUGGGAGACAGCGGAACUUACUUCUUUCAAAUGCAGACACAUUCAUAUCUAGAUAAGAUGCUUUCUCUGAAUGUGACAGCCCUAACUCACACACCUGACAUCCUCAUCCCGGGGACCCUGGAGUCUGGCCGCCCCGGGAACCUGACCUGCUCUGUGCCCUGGGCCUGUGAGCGGGGCACACCCCCCAUCUUCUCCUGGACGUCAGCGGCCCUCACCUCCCUGGGCCCCAGGACCCACCUCUCCUCAGUGCUCACCCUCACCCCACGGCCCCAGGACCAUGGCACCAACCUCACCUGUCAGGUGCACUUCCCUGCAGCUGGUGUGAUGGUGGAAAGGACCAUCCAACUCAAUGUCACCCAUGCUCCACAGAACACAGCUAUCAGGAUCUUCCAAGGAAACAGAACAGUCCCGAAGAUUCUGCAAAACAUGUCAUCGGUUCUCAUCCUGGAGGGCCAGGCUCUGCGUCUGCUCUGUGCUGCUGACAGCAGCCCCCCUGCCGAGCUGAGCUGGUUCCGGGGGUCCCCCCUCUGGAAUGCCACCCCCAUCUACAGGAGUGCAAACCUGGAUCUGCCUCAAGUAGGGGCUGCAGAGGAAGGAGACCUCACCUGCCAAGCUCAGAACCCACUGGGCUCCCAGCACGUCUCCCUGCAUCUCUCUGUGGUCUACCCCCCGCGGCUGCUCAGCCCCUCCUGCUCCUGGGAGGGCGAGGGGCUGCACUGCAGCUGUUCCUCCCGGGCCCACCCGGCCCCCACCCUGCGCUGGCGGCUGGGGGAGGGGCUGCUGGAGGGGAACCACAGCAACGCCUCCUGGACCAUCACCUCCAGCUCUGCGGGGCCCUGGGCCAACAGCUCCCUGAGCCUCAGCGGGCCGCUGGGCUCCGACCUCAGACUCAGCUGCGAGGCCCGGAACGCCCACGGGUCCCAGAGCGCCGCCUUCCUGCUGCUGCCAGGUCCGGGGGCUGUUGGGGGGUGA